GUGACUCCUGAGAGAUGACAUCUGUCAGAAUUAAGCCUUUCUCUUAAUACACUACUACUACCUAUUCUGUUAUUUAGUAAUUGCUUUGGUUUUCUCGUAAGUAGUUAGUCACCAGUCAUCCUCUUCACUGGUGAGUCUGGUCAACAUAAAGUGACAACUCUAUAUUUUUCCGACAAGCACCAAAAAGAAAAAUGUCCGACAAGCACACGCACACCGUUAUAAACGAGAUUCUGCCGAAAGCGGGGCUCGUCUAUUCCGAGAAGGGGAACCUUUCCGAGAUGCUCUGCAAACCGAAAAUCAUGCCUCUAAAUUACGAUGUUGGACCUGGUUCAUCCCUACCCGCAUGACCUGCAUCGCUUUCACACUCUAUCAAAAAGACUCAGCAUACAACUUCAAUAGAGACCUUUGACGAGGCGCCACUCGUGCGAGAGAUGUUCUUUUUUACAAAUCUAAAUCUUUUCUCCACUUCCACCUUGACAGACUUUGAGGUUUUUCAAUUUCAUUCUAAAAGCCUAUUCCUUGAAUCUUGUUGUAGGUGUUUCUGUCUAACAGCUGAGCUCGACAUUGCAGAAAUUGGAGACGGCAGAAAAAGCGCUUGAAGAGGAAGUGCGGAAGAAGAACGAUAAUUCUUUUUUCAAUUUAUGAAUGGCAGAGUUGCCGUUUUCUUUCCACUCAUCUUUAUUUGGCGUUCCUGCUGUAGAUGCAAUACUAUUUUUCGUACUUGAGCGAAUAAGUAUGUUGGUAUUUAGGAAGCAGAACCAGUGGAGCAAGGAAGCAGAACCAGUGGAGCAAGUAACAAUUGAAUCGAAGACACAGACAAAGUACUACAAGGAGGAGUAUUUUCUCCGGACCGAUUCCUAGCGCCUAAAAAAAAUGCAAGGUAUGUUUCUUCUUUCAGUAUCUCGGUCAUUCUAAGUCGUUAUUUCAGUUUCUCGGGUACUUACCUUAUCGAGUACUAUAAGCUCUAACAAACGGGGCAGCAAACGAGACGAGUCAUGGAGGUCCUGGCGCGAAUUCAGGAGGGUCCAGCCAAGUGAUGAGUUUCGCGUGAUGUAUGCGCUAGCGAAAAUAGUUUUUCGUUUGUUUGAACGGUGAUGAGACAAAAUGGGAAAAGUCCACGGUUCUUUGGCUCGUAUCAACAUUGAUUAGAGACAAAGCAUUCGAAUUACAAGUUAGCGUAGACAACUCCGCUUGUUGCUUUAACUCUGUUGUAAAGAUCCAUCGAUCGGGGUCGAACAUUUGUCGGCAGUUUUUUACCAGGAGACUAUAAUAUUAAU